AUGGACCAGAAAAGGCAGCAGAAACCGGCACCAUUAGUCCAGCAGAUUCAAGAAGUUCGGGAGAACACGAAGAUUGUCCGCGACAAAGUUCGAUCCUCGCUGUCGAAAUUGACACCAUACGAGAACAUCUACAACCUGCCGAAUUUCCUAACAGUCUCCCGCUUGAUCGCUGCUCCAGUAACAGCGUACUUGCUAGUACAUGACCACUUCAAGGCAGCCCUGGCAUUGUUCGCCUAUGCCGGAAUUACGGAUCUGGUCGAUGGCUGGCUGGCGCGGAGAUGGAAGCUCCAGACCGUCGCCGGUAGUGUGAUCGACCCUAUGGCCGACAAGGCGCUCAUGAUCAUCCUGACCGUGACGCUUGCGGUCAAAGGUGCCCUCCCGCUUUACCUUGCAACGCUGAUUCUGGGUCGGGAUGCCUCUCUCGCCAUCGCUGCCGUCUACUACCGGUACGCUUCCUUGCCGGCACCGAAGACGUUCUUCCGGUACUGGGACUUUUCGUUGCCGUCGGCCGAAGUCCAUCCGACAACAGUGUCCAAGUACAACACCUUCCUGCAGCUGAUGUUGAUCGGCUCGACGCUGACUCUGCCGGUCAUUACGAGCGGAGCUUAUGGGCCAGCGGUGCUGCAGUGGGCUGGACUUCACAGCGGCCUUCUGCACCAAGCCAUGAUGUACUUUCAGUGGCUCGUGGCCGCUACGACGACUUGGAGCGGGCUCAGCUACUCGUAUCUGAAGGGAGCUGUCACCAUCCUCGGCGAAAACGAAGAUCUGAAGGCGAAGCAGGGCGCUCGCGGGAGAGCAAUCAUUGGUGUAACAUUCGGUAGCGUGGUAGUCGCCGCGGUCUACCUUGCCUUCACUGUGGACGAGAAGAAAGAAGCAAUCGGCGAUGAAGAUCUGCAGCAGACUUGGGCGACGUAA